AGCAGCAGCAGCAGCAGCAGCAGCAGCAGCAGCAGCAGCAGCAGCAGCAGCAGCAGCAGCAGCAGCAGCAGCAGCAGCAGCAGCAGCAGCAGCAGCAGCAGCAGCAGCAGCAGCAGCAGCAGCAGCAGCAGCAGCAGCAGCAGCAGCAGCAGCAGCAGCAGCAGCAGCAGCAGCAGCAGCAGCAGCAGCAGCAGCAGCAGCAGCAGCAGCAGCAGCAGCAGCAGCAGCAGCAGCAGCAGCAGCAGCAGCAGCAGCAGCAGCAGCAGCAGCAGCAGCAGCAGCAGCAGCAGCAGCAGCAGCAGCAGCAGCAGCAGCAGCAGCAGCAGCAGCAGCAGCAGCAGCAGCAGCAGCAGCAGCAGCAGCAGCAGCAGCAGCAGCAGCAGCAGCAGCAGCAGCAGCAGCAGCAGCAGCAGCAGCAGCAGCAGCAGCAGCAGCAGCAGCAGCAGCAGCAGCAGCAGCAGCAGCAGCAGCAGCAGCAGCAGCAGCAGCAGCAGCAGCAGCAGCAGCAGCAGCAGCAGCAGCAGCAGCAGCAGCAGCAGCAGCAGCAGCAGCAGCAGCAGCAGCAGCAGCAGCAGCAGCAGCAGCAGCAGCAGCAGCAGCAGCAGCAGCAGCAGCAGCAGCAGCAGCAGCAGCAGCAGCAGCAGCAGCAGCAGCAGCAGCAGCAGCAGCAGCAGCAGCAGCAGCAGCAGCAGCAGCAGCAGCAGCAGCAGCAGCAGCAGCAGCAGCAGCAGCAGCAGCAGCAGCAGCAGCAGCAGCAGCAGCAGCAGCAGCAGCAGCAGCAGCAGCAGCAGCAGCAGCAGCAGCAGCAGCAGCAGCAGCAGCAGCAGCAGCAGCAGCAGCAGCAGCAGCAGCAGCAGCAGCAGCAGCAGCAGCAGCACAGCAGCAGCAGCAGCAGCAGCAGCAGCAGCAGCAGCAGCAGCAGCAGCAGCAGCAGUCGAGAAUACGACGAGCGUUUUACUGCCAUCCCAGCUUCGUCAAAAGGAAGAGGGCGUCGCCCUCAACGAGGACAAGUCCAUGUUCUGGGUCACUUCGGUCAAGUUCUUGGAGUUCAUCCCUGGUGUUGACAGAAUUUCGCCAAAUUCCGACAAUGUGAAGGCCGAUAGGGAUCUGCCACCACCGGCGAUGUCAACGGAGUACGGAGACUUAUGGGGAUGA